AUGAGAUCAGCAGGAGCAUCAUCAUCGAGGACUCUUCGGAGAAUCGACAUCCCAGAGUUCGCUGGAAAGUACUCGGAAUGGAAGGCUUUCUACCACAUCUUCGUAUCACUCGUCCACGAGAACCCGAAAAUGACGAAAUUGGAGAAGAUGGCGAGGCUGAAGGCCCCCCUGAAGGGCCAGGCGGAGGCGCUUAUCAAGAACAUCGGAGUUGAGGCAAGUAAAUACCCCAUCGCCUGGACGAAGCUCAUCGCACGGUAUGAGAAUCCGAGGCUCAUAAUGGCGUCUCACCUGAAUCGGAUCCUCAACAUGGAGCAGCUCAAGGAGAAGUCAGCUGCAGGGUUGUUGGCCAUCGUCAAAACCACAACGGAAGCCCUGGAGGUAUUGAAGUCACUGGGGGCUCUCACCGAACACUGGAACAUCAUCGUGGCCUACAUCAUGAGGAGAAUCAUCGACGCAGACACCAAGGAGGCCUGA